AUGAUGCAUGUACAACUUCCAUGGGAAUUGGUAGAAGAAAUACUCUAUCGUGUUCCGGUUCUAUCUGUAAUUCGAUUCAAAAUCGUUUGCAAACAAUGGUACACACUUUUCAAAAGCAAAUCAUUCAUCAACAACUACUCGGUUCAUGUACUUCCUCAAUUUUUCAUAUGGACGGAUUCCAAGAUGUAUUCGGUAAGCGUCAAUCUCAGCAGUGAUCCAAAGAUAAGGAUGCAUGAGUUACCUUUAGAUAUUCCUUAUUUUAAUAAUGCCUUCCGUACAAACUUCCUUCCUUGUGAUGGCUUAUUGUUUUGUGACUCGUGGUCAUGGAGAAAUAAAGCUGCGAUUUGGAACCCCUGGUUAAGACAAACUAGAUGGAUCGAGGGUAAAAAGAAAGAUUUCUUGUUUCGUGGCAUAGGAUAUGAUAGUGGUAAACCUGAAAAGGUUUACAACAUCUUUGGUUCAACAAGUGGAAAAAUUGAUAUCUACGAUUUAGAAAAUAAUGAGUGGAAGUAUACAAAUUCUUCUCGUCAAUUACAGAUCCGCACAGGUACUGAUGUGUCUUUGAAUGGAAAUUUAUAUUGGGCUGUUUCUGAUCAAAAGACCGAUAACUAUCUUAUCCAAAGUUUCAAUUUUUCGAAAGAAGUAUAUAAAGUUUUUUGUGUUCUACCGUGGAAUAAGAACUCUUACAAUUUCCCGGCCCUCUCAACCUUUAAGAAAGAUCGGCUUUCAGUGUUAAAAAGAAUCAUUGGAGCAAAUAAUAUAAUUGAGGUAUGGGUGACAAAAAACAAGAUUAACAAUGACGAUGGGGAGCAUGUAACGUGGAUAAACUUUACGACGGUUUCUAUACCUAUUUCUGUGGGAUUUCCUCCAAGUUACUUCAUCGAUAAUGUUUACAAAAAAAGUUUCGUCAUGUGUUGUAAGGAUGAAAAUAAACAGCUUUGCAUUUAUAUUGUGAGGGGCAAUGCGUUGACGAAGAUUCAAAUAGACGUUGAGGCUAAAGAUUAUAUUAAUCAUUGUUCCUAUGUUCCCAGUUUGACACCAAUUCCUGAAAAGAGUUCAGAUUUUCAAGAACUAAAAUAUUAAUAUUUA